AUGGCUACUACUACCUCCUCCGUCAACAUCAACUUCUACGGCGAGCUCCGUCAGCUGUGGGUUGAGAUAAACUCUCACUGCGAGAGACUCCAUCUCCUCGAUUCCACAACCCGCGUCUUAUCCGCCUGUAUCGAAUGCAAGAUUACACCUUACGGGAUGGUUCCGCUUGAUAUUGACGGGCUCGAGAAUGCCGACGAGUACGUUAUGCAGUUGGUACUCGCUCACCCGGAGAAGAUCUGCGGCCCAGAGUUCCCCGUCGGCCCGAUCAUCUCGUUCGUUGACUCGGUGCGCAUGAUGUGUGAGCCUGUGAGUGGAUCCGCGCAGGUGCAUAUUACCGCUAUUGCGGUUCCGUAUGCGACGCAGCAGCCUGAUGUUGCAGCUCCUGGCGGAUACUAG